AUGACGGCGUUGUUGCAUUGCCGGGCGCUGCCGCGGCGCUGCUGCGCCGGACAAGCCUCGCGGCCCCACCGCCCCCGCCACCCGCGUUGCGACGCCGCCCCGCAAGAUACGGCGACGUCGACCUCCGUGCGCCACCUCAUCGAACUGCGCGACGGAACGCCGCACCUCUCGUACGACCUCGCGGACGGCAGCGCCGCGGACCCGGCUGCCCGCAACGGCACCGGCGCGCCCGCGCUCGACGGCGCCCGCGGCCUCGACGGGCCCGUUGACGCGCUCGCGCAGCAGCUCCGCAGCGUGUUCCUCCCGCGCGGCUGGCCGGGCUCCGCCGCGCCCGAGUACCUCGAGUACCAGGCGUGGGCGGUGCUGUGCCACAUCACGGGGUGGGUCUCCAACGGGCUCGCGACGUCGUCGCUGUUCAGCGGCGCGGGCAUCGGCGCCUCGCCGGGGCAGGUCGUGGCGUCCAGCGCGGCCAUCAAGUGGGUCCAGAAGGACGGGCUCGGGGCGCUGGGGCGGCUGCUGGCCGGCGGGCGGCUGGGCCUGGAGGUGGACGACGACCCGCGGUACUGGCGGAUGGUGGCCGAGGCGGUGUCGACGGGGGGGUUCUUCCUGCAGGUGCUGUCCGGCGUCGCGCCGUCGUACUUCCUGCUCCUCGCGGGCGCCGGGACGCUCCUGCGCGCGGCGGCGAAGGGCUUCGGGCGCCCGGCCUUCCGCGUGAUCCAGCAGCACUUUGCCGCGACGGGCAACGUGGGGGACAUCGCCGCGAAGGAGGAGGUGUGGGAGGUCGUCGGGCAGGUCCUGGGGUCGCUCCUGUGCGUCGCCGUGCUGCGGAACCUCGACGACAAGGACGUGGUGCGCGCGCAGGGCGAGGUGCUGGCCAUGGCGUUCGGGCGCGGGCCCGAGGCGUGGAAGGAGUUCGCGCCGGCGGUGCUGCUGCCGUGGUGGGCGGCGGCGCAGGCGCUGCACGUCGCGCUGCGGUACCAGUGCAUGCGCGUGCUGCGCUUCCCGACCAUCAGCGCCAAGCGCGCGGCGGUGCUCGUGCGGGCGCACGUGGCCGAGGGCGCCGUGCCGAGCGUGCGCGAGGUCAACGAGGCGGAACGGAUGCUCGCGUCCAGCAGGCGUGCCGUGGAGUUCUGCAGAGUGGGGGCCAGCGUCGAGGAUCUCGUAGCUGCGCGGGGCGAGGGCGGCGCGUGCGUCAGUCUGUCUGACGCGGUGGAGCUGUACAGCCCGACGCAGGACGGGUACGUCCUGACGUGGCACGGGGGCUGCGCGGCCGUCGCGCUGUACGAGGGCGCGUCGGGGCGCGCGUGCCUGCAAGCCAUGUACCAGGCCGCGAUCCUCGAGGCCCGCGGCGAGUCCGGGGGCUCGACCAGCGCGCUGCGGUCGUCGCUAAAGGAGGCCCGCGACGCCAUGGACGGCUUCGUGGCCGCGUGCGGCGACGCAGGCUGGCUGACGGACGAUAGAUCCGUGCUAGUGCCGCUGGGAGUCACGCGGCUGCAGCUGCCGCGAGGUCCUGAAGGCUAG